UGAUGCCGCCAACCGACGAGUAAAACGUGCAAACGGCACCGACCACCGCCAUGGACAGGGCCUGAGGUACGCUUGUAAUCGCUUCCACGGCAAGAGCAGCAGCAUACAGUGCCAAUGCAGUGCGCAAGACUGUUUGCAAGCUGAAUGCCAACGACGUCGUUAUUCUGACCGCCUUUCCGAAACGUUCUUCUAAAUACUAAAACGUGUGUUUUUUUAAAAAGUUAAUUACAAUAGAAUUUCAUUUUGUAAGACGGUCGUGUGGAAAACGGUGAUAACCUGAUAAAUGGACAGAUAUCCCAGUUUGUAAAAAACGGGCAAAAACAAAUAGGCCACGAUAGGUGUGCCCAGGAUGUUGGACGCGUUGAUGACCAUGAACUGGGUUCCUCGCAUGUAGUUCUCAGCGCUCAGUCCAAACAUGGAAGUGGCGCACAUAAAGCUCACCAUCAAUGAGAAACCCACUGCGGCUAGCUGUAUGGAUCCGGACUACCCCGAAGCUUCAAAUUCAGCCGAAGAUAAAAGUGAAGCUAAAGAUUUUAUCCUAGCGGCUAGCUGUAUGGAUUCGGACCAACCUGAAGCUUCAUGUUCUGCUAGUUUUGCUGCAUCAAGUUCUGCUGAUCCUGAACAGAAAUCUAAGAUUAUAGAAGAUGUGUUCAUGGAUUGUACAAAUUGGAUUAGCACCCAACACAAAAAUAACCUACCGGUUGAUAGGAUUACAACGCUUCAAUUUUGCAUCUACAUGGGAGACACCCCAAAAGACUAUGAAAUCGUCAAGGAGUACUUACAGAGACACUUGGAUCAGUCAUUGGAACACAUGUACUACAUAGAUUUACAAGCGUUUGGUGAACUUUUCGAAAAUCAUUGCGGCUAUUACGGCUUAUCCGUUGAAGAAUGCGCUGUACAAAGGAAAGCCGCAACAGUAGUAAUGAUAGAAGAAGAGAAAAAAAAAUGGCUGGCAUAUCGGAAACAGAUGUAUCUGGAAAGCAAAUUAGCCGACUGAAUAGUAGAAAAAAAUUAAUGUAUUAUAUAAGAAAAAUAAAAAUGACUAUAAUUUUAUUAGUAAUUUAAAAUAGGGCAAAUUUGAGUAGCUUUUCACUAAGUAUAGCAUUAUUAAGUAGUACUUGAAGGAGUAUUAGCUUUAUAGCAAAGAAUUAUAAUAAAAAAUUGUGUUUUAAUAAUAUUAAACGAAAAUUAAACAUCCUUUUAGAGAGACAUCGAGUAAAUACCAAUUUUCGAACCUUUUUUAAAAUUACAACAAUUAUUUAAAAAAACAAAACAAAUAUCACUCUUUUUUACAAACUUUAGAUAUAAUACAAUAUUUUUUAUAUAACAACAUAGCUCUACUCAACUGUAACGACUAACCCCAUACAGAGUUUUUUCUUAUACAUAGUAAUCACAAGAAAGCUUGCUAUUAUUUUUGCAAUUUAUAUAUUAUAGAAAUCAAUACUAUUCAAUAAAUAUACAAUAAGAGAAGUCAACUAGAAUUCACUAUUUUUUUUAUAAAUUAUACAAUCGAACAGUUCAACAAAACGGAACCGCCAAUGACCAUUUAAAAAAAUUAAAAUUGAUUGUGUUAGUCGGUAGUCCACACUCCACU